CGGUCGUGGUUUCCUGUUCCGGUCACUAUUAUACUCUUUCCGUUGUGUGAAUUUUCUCAGUGAGUCGGGUUAGUUAUCAUGGCUGUUGGGAAGAAUAAGGGCCUUUCGAAGGGUGGGAAAAAAGGCGUCAAGAAGAAGAUUGUGGAUCCCUUUACAAGAAAAGAUUGGUACGAUGUGAAGGCACCGUCAAUGUUCAGCACCCGACAAAUCGGGAAGACUUUGGUUAAUAGGACUCAAGGCACAAAAAUUGCAUCCGAUGGCCUGAAGAAUCGUGUUUUUGAAGUUUCAUUGGCUGACUUGCAAAGUGAUACAGAUGGAGAGAGGUCUUUCAGAAAGUUUAGAUUGGUUGCUGAAGAUGUUCAGGGUAAAAAUGUUUUGACCAACUUCCAUGGAAUGGAUUUAACUACUGAUAAGUUACGGAGUAUGGUUAAGAAGUGGCAGACAUUGAUUGAAGCUCAUGUUGAUGUCAAAACAACAGAUGGAUAUCUACUGAGAAUUUUUUGCAUUGGUUUCACUCACAAGGAUUCUAUGUCUCAAAGGAAGACUUGUUAUGCUCAACAUAAUCAGGUUAGGCAAAUCCGCAAGAAGAUGGUUGAAAGAAUAACCCAAGAAGUCAGUUCAUGCGAUUUAAAAGAAGUCGUUAACAAGUUGCUUCCGGAUUCAAUCGCUAAAGAUAUUGAAAAGUUGUGUCAAGGCAUUUACCCAUUACAUGAUGUUUAUAUUCGGAAGGUGAAGGUACUGAAGAAGCCUCGCUUUGAGUUGUCUAAACUGUUGGAACUUCACGGAGAUGGUAAAGGAAGCACAGAUGAACCUGGUGCAAAGGUUGAUAGACCUGAAGGUUAUGAACCUCCUGUUCAGGAGUCUGUUUAAAUUUACAGAUAAAUAAAUAUUUGGAUAAAGUCUUGGAAAUAAUAUUUUGUAAAUUUCUUUCCCUUAUACUUUACUUUUAGGGCUUGUUUUGAAUUGUGUGUGUUUAAUUAGCGGAGCUUGCCAAACAUGCUUAAUGGUCUGCGAGAUAUUUUUUUACUAUAAUUUUGAUAUACAGCAAUAAGAAAAUGUUUGCCAGAGUGCUGUUGUUUUAAGAAGCUUCAUUAUAGCCGUUGUGUUCUAAUGGAUUUAUUGUAGCACUGGUAUACUUCAUAACACACCAGGAAAGGGUGUCAUUGCUUGUUAUAAACUGUUCAUUAGUGUGAUUUAUUUAUUAAUUUUCAAUUAAGUGGGCAAUUUGUCCAAGUGAGUACAUAAAGAACAGGUAACUCAAAUUACAUCUCAAUCAUGUCAGAAUUAUUCUAAAUACAAGUUCACAUCAAGUACAGUUUAUAUUAUCUACAUGUAGGGAAUAAUAGAAAACAAACCAAUAGGCUAUAGUACCGGCGGAGUAUAAGCGUUGGACAGGAAGGUGUGCCAUUACAACACAUUACUAUGCACAGGGCAACAACUCAAUGACAGAUAAAUGAAGUCUCAAGACAUUGACACACACUGUGAGGCAAUGACAGGUCUCGAUAUAUUUGUAAUCUUUAUGACAGCCUGGUAUGCCUUGGCAGGGGCACUUAUUACUGAUACUAAUGGCAGGGAUCUGUGUGCUUAUUGAGCAACUUACGCGAGUCAGGUAAGCAGCAGUGCUGAACCCUGGAUGGGAGAAAGUGAACACAACCUUGCAAGUUGAUUGCUUCAGACUAGGUUAUAUGACCUACCAUGGUGCAAGGAAUAUGUUACAUGCUGCCAGUGCUAAAACAAAAAUUACAGGGUUAGGAACAUAGUGAUGCUAAUUUUAAGUUGUUUUUUCUUUUUAGUAAUAUUUUGCAAUAUCAAAAUAAAUGAAAAGAAUGAGGUACCACAAUGAAAAUUACAGGAAUAAAAACAAAUUGAGAAUUAUAACUAGGGUAAUGGAUUUUCAUAAGUCAAUUCAUAUUUUUACAGGAACAAUAUACUGCAGUCAAUAUAAUGGUUUACAAGGCAUUUUAAAUGAAUUUUAACUUUUAUUUUACAUGUUACACAUUCCAUCCAAAACCAC